GCUGUUGUUUCCUGUUGGUGCUCAGCUUCUGGGUAGCCAUGGGAGAAGGUUCUCGACGCCUUCCAUGCCCCGAGCGCAUCGUGGACAUGGUCGGCUUCGCGUUUGGCGCCGGAGCCUGCGGUGGCUUUUGUAUGACCUUUGUGCGAAGCCUACGCAACUUCCCCAAGGGCCACCGCCUCGCUGGAGCCUUCGCGGCCGCACAGACGCGGGCACCGCAACUGGCCAGUACUUUUGCCAUGUGGUCGGGGCUCUUUCACAGCUUUGAUUGUGCGGUCUCCCAACGGCAUCUAGAUCCACAAGGCGCUAGGUCUUCGGUGGAUGCGGCCUGCUGUGGCUUCUUGACCGCCGGCGCCCGGAGUCCCACGAUCUCGUCGACUCCCACCCUUCAGAAGGUGGACGACCUGGGUGACGAGGUCUUAUCCUUGCGGCAAGGUCCGCGAGCAGCUUCCCUCAAUGCGCUGUUCGGCGCCUUUUGCGUGGGCUUCAUCGAUGUCGUCUCAGGGAACGCUCGUCUCUGACCGGUCCGCGCGGGCUCGGCCGGCGUUGUGGAGCGGAGGUCGGACGAAAAAAAGGGGCGACUCGGCCGGACCGGUUGGAGCAACAUGAGC